AUGAAGGACAUAUUGAAAGAAGAAAUUGGUUUUGAAUUAGGUACGGAAGAUCUUAAUAAUCCAAACCUUCCAAUAAUGGAUGAGCAAAUCGAAGAGGAACGGGACAGAAAGAGUGUAACGAGGAGGCAGAAGAAUUUAGAAAAGAGUACCAAAGAAAUUAGCAAAUUUAGGUAAAUUUGAUGGCUAUACGUUAACUGUGGUCGAUGAUAUAUUGGACAUUCUGACAGGAGGAGAUCAUAG